GCGGCUCGCGCCCCAGCGCACGCCCGGGCGCCUCGGAGCCGCGAUCAUUGGGUCCAGCCCCGGGUCCCAGGCCGUGCGCGAGGCAAGAUGUUGAGGCGCGUCUUGGAAAACCGGGACGCUCAAACCAGACAACUGCAAGAUGCUGUCACAAAUGUAGAGAAGCAUUUUGGGGAGCUGUGCCAAAUCUUUGCUGCUUAUGUGCGGAAAACUGCCAGACUGCGAGACAAAGCAGACCUCCUGGUGAAUGAAAUCAACAUGUAUGCCUCUACAGAGACCCCACACUUAAAGCAGGGCCUGAAAAACUUUGCUGAUGAGUUUGCCAAACUUCAGGAUUAUCGACAAGCAGAGGUUGAAAGACUUGAAGCCAAAGUAGUUGAACCUUUGAAAGCGUAUGGAACCAUUGUAAAAAUGAAACGAGAUGACCUCAAAGCAACAUUAACAGCAAGGAAUCGAGAAGCUAAACAGUUAACUCAGUUAGAAAGAACACGUCAGCGAAACCCAUCUGAUCGACAUGUUAUUUCACAGGCAGAAACCGAAUUGCAGAGAGCUACAAUGGAUGCUACCCGAACAACUCGUCACCUGGAGGAAACUAUUGACAAUUUUGAAAAGCAGAAAAUAAAGGAUAUAAAGACUAUAUUUUCAGAAUUUAUCACUAUCGAAAUGUUAUUUCAUGGCAAAGCUUUAGAAGUCUACACUGCUGCCUAUCAAAAUAUACAAAAGAUUGAUGAAGAAGAAGAUUUAGAGGUUUUCCGAAAUUCUCUGUAUCCACCAGAUUAUUCAUCUCGUUUAGAUAUCGUAAGAGCGAAUUCGAAGUCACCUCUUCAGAGAUCACUGUCAGCUAAGUGUGUAUCUGGAACAGGACAGGUAUCCACCUGUCGACUAAGAAAGGAUCAACAAGCAGAUGAUGAUGAUGAAGAGGAUGAAGACUUAGAUGGUACAGAAGAAGAAAAUUAAUUUUCUUAAGUAAACUUCGCAUUUCCAUUUUCAUCUUAAAUGACCUGGAAUCCAAAAUUACUGAGUUGUAAAACUUUAUACUGGCUUGAUACCUUAAACCUCAAAAUGAAAUCCUACUGGAAAUGAAAAAUAAUUAAAGGAAAUUUAUGCUGACCAACAUCAAGGUUUUAAAAAAUAUUACACACCAGUCAUUUCAACAUCCUAUCUGGCAGUAUGUGAUCUUUUUGUACCGGUUCCAUUUUUUUUAAAAAGAUGAUGUAUUUCAAAAGUAUUUCAUAUUAAUGCACUCUACCUAGUGGAGGUUGUAACAGUAAGACCACAAAAAAAAAGAUCUAGGGGGCCAGCCCCGUGGCGUAGCACUUAAGUGCAUGCGCUCCGCUGCUGGUGGCCCGGGUUCAGAUCCCG